AUGGUUCAAAUGCAAUCAGCCAAAAGAUUAGCGGGAUACGAUUACUUUAACCAAACACAGUCAGCUAGCUAUCGCAUUAUAAGUUGUACUGACCAGCAAAAGUGCGACAUUGAAAAAGGGUAUCCGUAUAUUAAAGGUUGUGAUGAUGAUACGGAAGGGUGUAAAUUUGAUAUUACGUAUGAAGAUGGAGAUUGGACUACCGGAUAUCUGUCUAUGGAUUACACCACAUUUAGAAUCGGUUAUGUUAAGACAUUGGUACAAUUCAGGUUUGGAUGUAGUUAUCUUGACACCGCCAAAUUGCCGGGGAUUAUAGGUGGAGACAACAAUGAGGACUCGCUUCCAAGACAACUAUACGCAGAUGACCCUAAGUUUUCAUACUGCAUAUCAAGUGACCUAAGUCAAAUCAAUGUCGUCUUAUUUGGUCCUGAAGCAAGGAUCCAAGGCCAACCCGUAAAAAUGUUAAGAAACAUCAACUCUGAUUUUUACUUCAUUGAACUCCUUGGCGUCACAGUGAAUAAUGAGGAGAUAGAUGUGGCAGCAUCAGUAUUCCAGAUGUCGGAAUACGGGACAAGAGGCUUCAUCGUAGACUCAGGCACCCCCUCAACUUGGUUAACGUCAGAGGCUUACGACGCUAUGAUGAAAAAGAUGGUGCAAUUGUUUGGUCCUCCGGUCCAAUACACGAUCAAUGGUACCGAACAUUUUGAGAUUUGUUAUGACAGUGGAAAGUUUGUAGAUGGGAGACCGCCUGUUAUAGGAUUUGAGUUCGAGAAUUAUUUGUUAGAGAUUAAGGAGAGUAAUAUGUGGUAUAAGAUACCCAGCUCCACCUUGCAAUGUUUAAUAAUACUUAAUGGACAGAACGACACCGUAUCCAUGCUUGGAAGUAAUCAACUUCUUGAUGUUAAUGUUGGGCAUGAUCCUAAUAAGGGACUCUUCUAUUUUGAUGAUAAGAUCAAAUGCCCUAAUCCUUGA